AUGAUAAAUAUUGAAGAUAUUUCAAAAUCUUCAAAUGAAAGUGAAGAAAAACAAUUAAAAAGUACAAGUACAAGUUCAAAACCAAAAUACCCAUUCGCAGCAAAAAGCUUAUUCAAAGGUUCAAAUAAUAUUAUACCAUAUUAUUUAUCAACCAGUAAUACAUUCCAAUGUGUAGCAUCUGAGUCAAUUCAAACAUGGCUUCUUUCAGAUGAUGGUCAUAUCUUUACAUCCAGUGGUAAUUUUGUUUUAGAUGUUUCAUCAGGUGGUUAUUUUGUUGAAUUAGUACAACUUAAUUCAAAUUCAAAAACUCAAAUUUGGACAAUUGAUACAACAAAUAAUAAAAUUCAAAACCAAGGUAAUGGUAAAUACCUUGAUAUCGACAAUUUGAAUAUUUGUGUUGCACCUUUAAAUGGAAACGCAACUCAAAAAUGGACAACUUUUAGAAGAGCACCAAUUCCAACUGGUAAUUGGGGUUACUUUCAAAGCAAAAAAUUGGAUUCCAAUAAUAAUUAUUGGGGUCUAAGUGUAUUAAAUAAUAGUACAUCAUAUAAUACUAGUGUAGUAAUGAAUAAAGUUCAAGCAAAAUCAAUAGGUCAAAUUUGGCAAAUGACAAACGAUGGUCACAUUUUAUCACGUUUGGAUGGUAAUUUAGUAUUAGAUAUUGGUCCAUCAAUUAAUGGUAGUAAAACAAACUAUUAUUUAAAUACCAAUGUUUACAAAGCAAAUGAUCUAAUGCAACAAUGGGGUAUCAACGAAAAUAAUCAAAUAUUCAAUCAAUAUUAUCCAAAUUUAUGUAUUGGAUUCGUUGGCGAACUUGGAGUUGAUUCAACUGUUAAUUGUGUAUUAGCUCAACCAACUAGUGCUAGUGAUAUUAAUUUCCAAUGGAUUGCAAAUCCAACCUAUUCAUUAAACCAAAUUGUUAGUGAAGUACCAGAACCAUUUCCAGCUUACACAAGUGGUGAUUUAUUAGCAUCAUAUCAAUACCUUAGUAAUGAUGCAACAAAUGGUUAUACUGAUGAUAUUAGAUCACUUUAUACAAGUAUUAAUGUUAGUUUAGAACAUUUCUAUGUUAAUGUCUCCAAUGCAACUUGUCCAUCAUCAAUUCAUUCAACUGAAGAUUUUUCAAAUGUUCAAAAUCAAAUCAAAAAUGAACUCACCUACGCAAUCAAUGUCCGUUUAGUAUUUGAUAACUAUUCCGAUUUUUAUAGUAAAUUAUUUAGUCAAGGUAGUACAAAUUUAACAAACUUGGCAAAUUUAAUUAAUGUCAUCUGA